UUCUCCAGUUGAUGCUCCGCCGCUCCGACAGAAGCGCAUGGACGCCGGAGCUCCCCUGCGCCGCGCUGCUCCUCUGCUCUCUCACGCGUCCUCCGCCGCAGCUGUAGCCGCCUCCUCUGCCGCUCCCUUUUGCCUCGCGUAGCUCCGCUGCCUCCCUUGCCUGCCUCCCGAAUCUCCCCUCUUUCAUUCCUUGUUUCUUCUUCCUCCCGCCGUGUAUCUUGCUCGCGCCCACCCCCUCCCUCCUAGUGUUGAUGGAAGAAGCGUGGCCAGCCCUCGGCCUGGCGGCCGGCGACGCGGCCUUCUGGCCCCCGCCUCCCCCCGGCACCAUCGCCCCGACCCCCGUGGCGUGGGGCGCGGCCGCGAUGGCGCAGCGGGAGACGGUGGCCAAGGAGUCAUCCGCGCAGGCGGUAAGCCGGAUCGUGUCCAGCUGCGCCAACUCGAGCGGCCUGGCCGUGGCCGUCGUCAACGCCAACGCCUCCACCGUGGGCCGGCUGGUCACUAUGCCCGAGGUCCUCGAGGAGGUGUGCAACGCCGCAGCGCACCGGAGGCUCGCGCUCCUGCCCACCCCCGUCGAGCCCGCCCCUGAGUUCCUCAAGCUACAGUCAGAAUGCCCUGCAAGUUUAGCUCCAGAAUGCUCCAAAUCAUUUGAUCAAGUUUAGCUCUCUGCAUUGCUGUAUUCAGUAGGGCCAGCUCGAACCGUGUGCACCAGGAAGAAGGCCAGCUCGAACCAUGUGCACCAGGAAGAAGGCCAGCUCGAACCAACAGGAUGCCCUGCAAAACGAUUUCGAACGAGGUGCGUGUAGUUAGCAGAUUAGCCGCUCAUGUAUGUGUAGAUAGAGGUAUGCGUAGCUAAAUUCAGAAAUGUUCACUAGAUUUAGAAGACAGAGCGAGCACCUUCACGGAGUAGAAUCACGGCGCUGGUUUAGUGUAGAAUCAAUUAAGUACUCCUAAAUUAACAUGGAGUAGUUAUUUUUUAUACUCGCAGUGAAGAUUGUGUUCCUAAAUCAACAUCAAGUUGGAACAAGUGUGUUCCUAAAUAAUCUUCAGUUUAGGAGCAAU